AUGUCUCCUGCUGAGAGGACGAAGGUGCUCCUCUUCCUGGCUUUGUUCUUUGGAGCAGUAGGAUUUCUGUUCAUGCUGCUCUCCUGUGGGACAGAGUACUGGCUGCUGGCCGCUGAGUCCUGCAGCCGGCCGGGCGACAAAAACAGGGCUGUAGAUGGUGUGAGGAUCUUUCACGAGGGUCUGUUUUGGCGCUGUUCCUUCAUGGUCACGUCCGAGGAAUACUCUACGUGGGACCUUUGGAUCUCAAUUCAGCCAUCGUCAAAGGUUUGCCAGACCGCUUUCCUCUUCCCAUUUCCUGUGAAUGAGCCAGUGACGCCAUUGGUGGAGCCACACAGUUUACCCAGAGAACCCUAUGAACAUCACUCCGCCAUUGUUUUCAGGACCUUCUGGAGCAUCUUUCUCGUCGCAGGUGUGGCGGCUGUCGUCAUUGGCGGAUUUGUCGCUAUCUGUGCUGCCCCGCUGACCAAUCACAAACUCUAUAAAGUGGGUGGGGCCCUUCAGCUUUGUGGUGGCCUGGGUCUGCUGGCCGUGGUGUUGAUGUAUGUGAUGUGGGUCCAGGUCCUGGACACUCUGGAGCAAUUUGCCCUCCAUCGGAGACUCUCCGGCUGCCCCUCCUUCCAUCUCAGCAUCCAGCACGGUCCCUCAUUGCUCUUGGCUCCAGUGGCGGUCUUCUUCUGCCUGCUGGCCGGCCUGCUCUUCAUCCUGGUUGGCCGAAGUGUUCAUUGGAUGCAGCUGGACAAAAGAAACGCAGUCCCUGAACUUUAAA